AUGCCGAGAAAAUCGAGAGAAACCACACCUACCGCCCAGGCGGCGCCUUGUGAUGGCAGUCCCUCAGCCCAAACCGACGCGAGCAAAAAGAGAAAGGCAAAAAAGGCUCUGGAUAACCCACGAACUCCCUCCCCUCCGAAGAUCGAACGGUCUUCCGCCGAGACUGGCACUGAACUGGAGCAAACCGCUGACCCUCCUGCCCACGAUGCCGCUACGGAGAACCCGGAGACGACCAGAGCCGAGGCUUCUGAAGACGAGAUCGAAUCAAUCUCGAAGUUUGUCCGCGAAAAACACUGGGAAAAUUGGCAUAGUUACGUGUUAUCUAGUCGCGGGCCAUUUCUGUCACUCCAGGAGAUGGACCACGACACGGUUGAAAUGGCACGCGCAGGACAUCUAGCAAGUAAAGGGACUCUGGAAACUGUUUACAUUACCCUGAGGGCGAGGGGUUUCCUAUACUGCAUCGUCAUCGAAAAUCCGUACAAAGAUCAAGAGCUGGAGCGCACGAUUGCACACGAAUUUAUCGAUCUUCACGUCCGUGACCGCGACAAGGACCUUGCAGUCCUCCUCGAGCCCAUCUGCCAGCCGCUCUGGGAAGAAGCAAAGAAGAAUCCCAUCCGGAAUGACCUAGAGACCUUUUUGCACCGCGGAUUGACCGGUUUCCGCCUCGUGCCUGCAACCGCGACCCUUGAGCCCCACCCACCUGCAGGAGCCGAUUCGGAACGCAGACCUAUCGACUGGGACAUGGUCAAAGAACGCCAUCCAAUCACCUGUCCGGUAUGGAAGCUGUCAGAUGUCAAGAACUUCCGCGUCAAUACUGCAAAGGAGCUGAUCUUCGAAGUUGAGAUUGACGGCAUCAGUGAGCCCUUGAUCUACAAAAUUUCGAAAACGUAUCACAGUUUAAUGCGUGAGGUAGCGGGCCUCCUGUUCUGCGCCCACGCCAAUAUACGCGCACCAAGAUUUAUAGGCCUCCUGGGUAUCGAUACCGAAUGGGGAGGGCUACUAAUGACCAAGAUUCCGAUUUGCCAUCUGCUUGGGAAUUAUGGUACUGAGUCUUUCGAGCUAAGCCCGAGCCUUUCUGAUCGCAGACGGUGGUACGAGCAGAUCUCUGAUGCUGUCCACACUCUCCAUCGCGAGAAAAAGAUUUGGGGAGAUGCCAAAGCGGACAAUGUAAUGAUUGACGAAAACGGUGACGCGGUUCUUUUCGAUUUCGAAGGGGGAGUGAGUGAUGGUUGGAUCGAUGAUGAGCUCGCGCUGACGAAGGAGGGAGACUUGCAGGCGUUGCAAAGGUUCUGGACAUUCUUGAAACUGGAUGAGGCGGAAGCUGAGGCAGAAGCUGAGGCAGAAGCUAAGGCGGAAGCUUGA